AUGUCCGGCGCAAGACAUUGGGAGCAAGACAAAGAGGCUACCGUCUACAUUGGGAACCUCGAUGAACGUGUCACGGAUAGCCUGGUAUGGGAGCUAAUGCUUCAAGCCGGGCGCAUCGUUAACGUUCAUCUGCCUAAAGAUCGAGUCACGCAGUCACACCAGGGCUAUGGAUUUGUGGAAUUCAUCAGUGAAGAGGAUGCCGAGUAUGCAUCGCGGAUUAUGAAUGGUAUCCGCCUGUACGGAAAACCCAUACGCGUGAACAAGGCCUCUGCCGACAAGCAGAAGGCUGUGGAAAUCGGUGCAGAGCUGUUCGUCGGAAACCUCGACCCAAUGGUGACAGAGCAGGUCCUCUAUGAUACAUUCAGCCGUUUUGGGAACUUGAUCACUCUUCCAAAGAUCGCACGAGAUGACAAUAAUCUUUCGAAGGGCUAUGGAUUUGUGUCGUUCGCCGACUUCGAAUCAUCAGACGCCGCCAUAGCCAGCAUGAACGGCCAGUACCUGAUGAACAAACAGGUUUCAGUCCAGUAUGCGUAUAAGAAGGACGGCAAGGGCGAGCGGCACGGUGACCAGGCAGAGCGGAUGCUAGCGGCACAGGCUCGCAAGCACAAUGUGCGUCCGGUGACUCAACCGCUCCCAGCGCAAUUCUCUGGACCUGGAGCUCCUAUGCCAUCAGCGGGCGUGGUCAAUGGUGACAGCUCUCGACCUGUGAGCACUGGCCCACCAGAUUUAGGUAUUAGCAGGGGCGUGCCGCCCCCGAAUCUUGGUUAUCAGAAUACGCCGCCUCACCACCUUACCCUGUCCAAGCAGCGCCUCCACCAGGUUUUGCACAGCCGGGUUACGGCCCUGCUACGGGAACCCCUGGGCCUCAGCCUCCUUUGCCCCCAGGCUUUCAACAACCUGGUUUUGGGCGGGGUCGUUGAGUCUCGGUAUCACAAUCGCCGUCUCGUCAAGGAAGUAUUCGGACAACGACAGCUGGUUUGGUCAAGCAGCUCGCGCUCCAAGAAUUUUAAUCUCCCCACCCGAUUUUCGCCACAGUGCGCAUCUUGA